UUCAUCUCCCUAUUUCUCCAUUUCUGUGCUUCUGAGCUUCUUUUUGGUUAGGUGAAAGUGGGUUUCAGAAGUGUGGUUAAAAGAUUUCAGUAUAUUAAAUAAACUAAACUUUGUAGUCUUGCGUUUGUGAUUUCCUAAUGUGAGUAUGGUUUAAUGGAAUUUCAUGAGUAAUGAUCUCUUGUGUAAAACUCCCGUAAAGUAGGAGUGUGUUGCUAAAUAUAUCGGUGAAAAUUGAGAACUUUGCGUGAUUGCUGGGAGAUUUUCUAGUUGGGUCGUAUUUCCUUCUCUACCUGGAAAAGGCAGAGAUCUGUGCUUUAUUUGAUGUUGUGUAUAUAAAGUCUUUUAAAGGUUGGUUGAGUCUCUCGUUAUAAGGAAGGAAAACGGCGUGCAUAGUAGAUUGUCUGGAUUAUUUUCAUGUGUGAAAACUUUGUAGUUGUUAGGGAAGUGAAUGUGAGAGUGAAUUUUCGUUGGCUUUGUGUGCUUAAAACUGUGUAUUAGACGUUUGUGAAGCUUCUCUCUUGAAAGGAGAAUUAGAGAGUGUGUGUGUGUGUGUGUCUGUGGGCGGUCUCUCUCUCUCAGGCUGGAGCCUAGCGGAAGUUCGGCUUGACCAGCUUGUGAGAUUCUGACUGCCGAAAGGGAAAUACAGCGAGGCAACCCCAAAGGGAGGAGCCUAAGACCGGCCAUUUUGGUAAGGUAAGUGAGGUCAAAAAGCAAAAUGGCUGAAGAGGAAAAGGCGACCCCUGGUGGGGGAAAGAGAUACAAGCCACUGAAGGAGCAAUUACAGCAAUUGAAGAAAGCAAUUAAAAUGACUGAAGGGACUUCUUCAAAAGAGAUUGCUCGUCAGUGUCAAGAUUUAGAAAAGAAGUGAAGGAAUUAUGUGAAAAUCAACAGAAGACACUGGAGGACAGAAUCCCUCUGCAUUCCAUCUUUCAACGGGAAGGUGAGAAAUGUGAGAAGAGGAUUAAGGAGCUUGAAGAGGAAUCCUUAGGACGUUUUCAGGGGAGGAAAAUAAAGGCUGAAAAGAAACGUAUGAUGGAAAAACAAAGUAAGUAUUGCAAGCUUAUGAUUGUCUCCCAAGGUGUUUCUCACUGGAUGCAAGAGGAAGCGAACGACAUCAAGCCAGCCUUAAAAAAGGAAGCUGAGGCUGAGGGAAGGUUAUAUCCCAGCCUGAAGGACUUCCUGAGUGCCCCACCCCCUCCUUAUAUUUGUCCAGUGGUGACUUUGGAGGGUGGCAACAUGUGGGGGCCGGAAGGAAAAACAGGAAUAGUGACAGGUGAAAUUGUCAAUCUACAGGAGAAUCCUAUACCAUCGACAUCUGCUCCGGCCACAGUGGAGGCAGACACAGGAGUAGUGCAGCCUCAAUCAGCAGCAGCUGCAUCAGAGGUAAGUCAGCCCCACCCAGUUGCUGGGACAUCACAAGGAAUCACUACACGGGGGUUGAUCUCCAUCCCUCCCUCUCUUUUUAGCCCAGAUAGAGCUACAGAAGAAGCUCAACCUGUGGCUUCUACAAGUACAGGUCAGGUGACACCGCAACAGCCCAGCCAAGAAAAUCCAUCCCAGGAGGCCUGGACUUCAGAGGAAGAUUCACCUUCACUGCAGUAUCAGAGGGCGCCGUUAAAGGCGACCCAAAAAGCCAAUCAGAGGUCAACGGUUGACAAUCCUGAGAAAGAACAGUGGCAAGGCCACGUUUUUGGGAAAGAAUCUGACAAUCGGGAGGCCGUAAUAAAGCUGGAACGUCUCUUGAAAAAACUGGAGGAGGAAGGCGUAGCAACACCACGUAGCGUAGCACAAACACUUGAUGCAUUGGAAAAGGACUUGGCGGCCUCAGCAAAUCAAUCGCGUAAAUCUAGAGAAGUGGCAAAGCUGGAAAGGGGAGCACUUGCCCCAAACUUUCAGGGUCUCCCAGGAAGGACGACCCUUCGCUCUGGGAGGGUUCUGGAGGAACCAAGAGAUAAAAGACCGUCUAUCUUUGAAAAGAAUCGGAGGAAGACUGUUGCAUUGCAAACCGGAGAACGGCAGUGUGACGCAGAGGAGGAAUUGCCCCUCACAAUGCCUUUACUGACGGGUGUACGGGGCGAACCAGUCUACCACCCGUAUAAUAUCAGAGAUCUUGAGGCUCUGGUGAAGCAGCUGCCCCCAAUUACAGAGGGAGGAGCGGCUUGGUUGAGGAGACUAGGAAGUCUUACAGAAGGAGAAGAAUUGGCCCUGGGGGAUUUCCGAGCUAUCGGUGGGAGGACCUUCAGAGGAGGAGGCCUCGCCGAUGUGGAAGAGAUAGCAAGAACUGUAUGUCAACCAAACGAUCUCCCCUACGCAAGGGUGCGAAAUGCUCUCUCUGACGCAGUGCAUGAGAAGUAUCCGACCCAUAACAUUGGCACUACACCUAGGAUUGUUUGGAGCCCAGAACAUUCCCCUAGAGAGUUUAUGGAGCAUGCAAAAGAACAGUGGAUUCUUCAAACUGGAGAACAUCCUGGGCAGAAUGGUGAACUAAGGGCGUGGUUCCGAUCUGCAGUGUUAGCAGGUCUCCCAGAACGAGUAAGAACAGACUUACAAAAGAAUCCAGCAAACACUGAAAACGUCACCCGAAUCUACUGA